AUGGCCGAGACAACCAACGCCCCUGCUGACCCCAUCGUUCGAGGCACAUGGGCGACAGCGAAACAGUCCUGGUCGGAUCUCUUCACCUGGAAGCAGCGAGUCGCUAUCACCAACGACUAUGGCGAGACAUACUGUGAAUGGCAAUCGCCACGCCCGCUGAGGAACCCCGUCAGCCUCUUCGCCCAGCUCAGCGCAAAAGACUGGUUAUUUUUCUUGGUCGGUCUUGCAGCAUGGACGGCGGAUGCCUUCGAUUUUCACGCCUUGUCGAUCCAGACGGUCAAGCUCGCAGCGUAUUACGACACCACCAAGACCAACGUGACUACCGCUAUAACAUUGACUUUGCUCCUUCGCUCAGUUGGUGCUGCAUUCUUUGGGCUUGCCGGAGACAAAUUCGGUCGGAAGUAUCCCAUGGUCGUCAACAUGAUCAUUCUUGGAUUGUUGCAAGUGGCAACCAUCUACAGCGCCACCUUUACUCAAUUCCUAGCUGUCCGCUCGCUCUUUGGUCUCUUCAUGGGUGGUGUCUACGGCAAUGCCAUCGCAAUGGCUCUCGAAAAUUGCCCAGUCGACGCUCGUGGCCUGAUGUCUGGCAUCCUGCAACAGGGCUACUCGCUCGGAUAUGUCAUUGCCGCAUGUUGUAAUCUCGGCGUUGGCGGCAGCACCGAUUCCUGGAAGACGGUCUUCUGGAUUGGCACCGGCCUCUCUAUUGGCGUGGGCCUUAUCCGCUUGUUGUUCCCUGAAUCGAGACAAUUCACAGAAGCCAAGAGAGCGGGCAAAGGCCAUACUUCGUCCGCCAGUGCAUUCUGGGUGGAGACGCGCAACAUGCUGGCUCAGGAGUGGCGCAUGUGCAUCUACUGCAUCAUCCUCAUGACCUGGUUCAACUACUACUCCCACACGUCCCAGGACAGCUACACCACAUUCAUGCUCACGCAGAAGGAGCUCAACAACAGCGCGGCCAGCCGUGCGUCCAUCAUCAUGAAGACAGGCGCCUGCGUCGGCGGCACGAUCCUUGGAUAUAUCUCACAAUGGUUCGGGAGACGUCGGACAAUCGUCUGCUCAGCCAUCAUAUCCGCUAUCCUCAUCCCGGCGUGGAUCCUGCCCACCACUGAGAGAAGCCUUUCUGCAACAGGCUUCUUCAUGCAAUUCUUCGUGCAAGGCGCCUGGGGUGUCAUCCCCAUCCACCUGAACGAACUCUCGCCGCCAGCGUUCCGCUCCUCCUUCCCCGGAAUCACGUAUCAACUCGGCAAUAUGAUCUCUUCACCCUCGGCACAGAUCGUCAACGCGAUUGCUGAGAGUCACCUUGUCAGAGCCGUGGACGGGGAGCUAGCUCCAGCCUACGGGCCAACCAUGGGCGUGGCAACCGCCAUCAUCGCAACAGGCAUUGCUGUGACCACGGCGUUCGGACCCGAAAGAAGAGGCGCCAAGUUCGAGCUGGCCAAACCUGCAGGCGUGCAGGAGGAGUACAGGCGCAAGAGCGUCGACGUGGAGAGCCAGGCCGACGACAAGGCACAGGUUGCGGUGAAGCACUGA